CAAACAUGAAUACUAACCAGAAGAACUCAUUUCUGCCAGAUAUCCAUCAGACUCCAUUAAACAUUGCUGAAUGGUCUUCUACCAAAAAGUAUGGAAGGCAUUUCCCAAAAGAUUUCUUCUAUUCAGAAGAUGAUAUUACUCAAUUCAGGAAGGAAGUUCACCAAUCUGAUCAUAAAAAGUCCAAUAAAGGCUUCAAUAUUUUGGCUUCGAAGUAUCAUCGAAAAAUAAUGAGUCCAAGCCCUAAGAACAUGAAAAUAAAUAAGUUGUCAAUGAGGAACAACAGUACUCCUGCUAAAUUAUGAUUAUUUCAAUCUGAAACCAAGGCGAAACUUCAGAAAAGCACUUUUUCUACUAAAAGUACCCCAAAAGCUCAUAUUCCUUCAAAAUCAGAAAUCAAGAAUGGAAUCAAUAACCUUGGAGAAAAUAGUAUUCACAACCUACAAUCGCCAAUGAGGUCAAAGCUAAAGCCUUUAGAUAGAGUAGAAAUGGAAGAUUCUCUGGAUUCUAAUCACUUAAGCAUCCCUUUGAUUAGAGGAAACAUGAAAAAUUCAAAAUCUUCAUUCGCAAAUAUCAGGACUCCCUUGAAGGGACUGCAAAGACCAAGUUCACUAAUCAGAAAUUCAUGAUCAAAAAAUCCUUUCUGCUCUGAUUUAUUAUCUGAGGGUUUGGCACCAAGUUUGCACCAAUUAUCAACUUUGAAGUCUAGGUGUAAAGAUCGAAAUGAUCUAAAUCUUAUUUUUCCAAUUGAUGACAAAGAAAACAUCAAUAAAGACAAUGUUGACCCUACUCCUAGUUUUUCUGGUAUUUCAGGUUUCGAUGCAACUUUUAAUAAGAAAAGUAACAUUUUGAAACCGAUGAAGGACAGCUUUUCACAGAUGACAUUGGAAAGAAGCAAGGUCAAUACAGAAGAAACUAAAGCAAAUCAAACGAAUUAUUUAUCAUCGGAUUGAAACAAAGAUAUUAAUGAGCCUUCUUUGAAUUCUCAUAAUACUUCUAAGCUAAGCUCAGAUCAAAGUGUAUGUUCUUUUUCGGACCUAGGAGUCUCUAAGCACAUUGUUCAAGGUUCGCACUCAGACAAUCAGCAUGAAUCUAAGAAGAGGUCUAAAAAACUAAAACUUAGCAGGAAAAAUAUCAAGUAUAAUAUUAAAAAUAGUGGCUCUACUAUUAAUCUUAAGGGCAAAUUUUUAGACAAAGAGGAGAUAGGACAGGUUGCUUUGGGAGGAAGAAAAAAAGGUGUAUUUGAUGGUACGAAGAGAAUGGUAUUAAUACAUCAGACUGAACCUGAGAAAGCUAACUCUCACAGAGGGUAAAUUGUAUUAAGAAUUGAUACAUUUAAUGCUAAGCAGUUU